AACCUGUGGGUCCCCAGGUGUUUUGGCCUACAAUUCCCAGAAAUCCCAGCUAGCUUACCAGCUGUUAGGAACUGUGGGAGCUGAAGGCCAAAACAUCUGAGGAUCCACAGGUUGAGAACCACUGGGCUAAAAGGUCAUUCUUUUCACCUUUCUAAUACUCCAGACAGUAAAUUACAACCUCUCUGUUUUUGUAAGUGGGAAGAAUGUCGAAAAAUUCCAUUCAUGGUCCAGUUCUUUGGAGAUGUAGUUACUCUCAUCAUGUAUUUUUCCUUGUAUUUUCCCUUCUUCUUGAACAUAUACAUACAUAGGUUCUCUUUUUCCAUGCUUCUCAGAUCCUUGAGUUAUCUUUUGCAUUCCCUCUGCCAACAUUGGAGUUCAGGGCUGCCCAUACAAUUUCAUGACUCCUAUGAUAAGAGGGCUCUAGAUUGAUUGAGUCACUUUACUAAAAUCUAGACAGCAUUUUAGAAAGCUGAGAUGCUUUCAUGGUUUGAAUAUUAUGCAAAGAUAAGCUGCAAAGUAGGAAUAUUGGUUCCAGUGUAUGUUCUUAUCUAUGUGCAGCAUUGCUGUCAUAAUAAGUCAUGUCUGUCAGAUUUGCAUGGUAAUUACAUUUUGUGUACUUGCAGCAAACUGCCUCUGUGGCUUUGGCAGAAUGCUGGCUUCCAUAACUUCCUGACCUAAUUAAUUGUGACAACUGUUUGUUUGUGUUCUGCAGGGGUUUAUAGCAUUCCGGAAACCAUGGCCCCAAAUGAUUUUUGUUUCAAACACAUUAGUUGAGGUCCACGUCACAAAAUAUGAUGGGCCAGCUUUUCCCUAUAUAGUAUUUGCUCUUAAAGCAGUGGUGCUUAAACUUUGGAAAACAGUUGUCCCACCUCAAGCUGGGGAUUAAAGCAAUCUCCUUACAACUGAGCUGUAUUAUUUUGUAACUGCUCAUUGCUCCUGAGAUGCAUUCCUCUGCAGUCAUGCUGGGCUUCCUUUCAGGGCUGCUUUCAUUUCUUACAACACUGCUAUGCCUUUGAUGGAGAUCUCACCACAAAUGAGCUCUGUAUGAUCAGAUCACAACAAAGGAUUGCUGUUUCCCAAGUCUGGGAUGCUGCCAAUGCCUGAGAAGAAUGAGUUUCCUCAGACAGGUCAGACUUCUGCUAUGGAAAAACUGGACACUUAGAAAACGGCAAAAGCUUCGUCUUCUGGUUGAACUUCUAUGGCCUUUGUCCUUAUUUCUUGCCCUAGUUUGGUUGAGGAGUAUUAAUCCAGUGUAUCGCCAACAUGAAUGUCACUUCCCAAACAAAGCAAUGCCCUCUGCAGGAACCUUGCCAUGGCUACAGGGCAUAUUUUGCAACAUGAACAAUCCUUGUUUCAGAAGUCCCACGCGUGGAGAGUCUCCUGGUGUUGUAUCGAACUACAAUAAUUGUAUCUUAGCAAGAGUGUACCAAGAUGCCCAGGAUCUCUUGCUAGGAUCCCAUGGAACAGAACUGGGCAGACUUUGGGAAGAGCUACAGACCCUAACCCAUUUCGUGGAAACAAUACGGACCAAUCCUGAAAGGAUUGCAGGAAGAGGCAUUCGAGUCCAGGAUAUCUUGAAAGAUGGGGAGAACCUAACUACAUUUCUGUUUGAAGAUGUAGGCCUUUCAGAUUUGGUUGUGUAUAACUUGAUGAAUGCACAAGUACGACCAGAACAGUUUGCCUUUGGAGUGCCAGACUUGACUCUGAAAGAUAUUGCAUGCAGCAAGACCCUGUUGAAUCGCUUUAUUAUCUUCGAGAGUUCAGGUGGCUUUCAAGCUGUGCAUAGCGCAAUGUGUGCCCUUUCCCAGGAGGCCUUACAGAAGGUCGAAGACUCUCUGUACGCAAAUGCAGACUUCUUUAAGCUUUUCCAAUUGCUUCCCACUCUUUUAGACAGUAAUGCACAAGGUGUGGAUCUACACUCAUGGGGGCGAAUACUUUCCGAUUUGUCUCAAGCAGUUCAAAAGCUGGUGCGCAGGCCCAGUGUUCAAGACCUUUUAACAACUCUGCAACCACACUUACAAGAUGGAGAGUCAACAUCCGCACGACAGUUGAUGGGUACAUUAUCUGAUCUUCUCUGUGGCUACCCAGAGGGUGGUGGAUCUAGAAUACUCUCUCUCAACUGGUAUGAAGAUAAUAAUUACAAGGCUUUCCUCGGAGUUGAUGGUACCAAGAAGGAAUCAAUUUAUUUUUAUGACAACACAACCACACCCUUUUGUAACACACUGAUCCAGACCAUGGAAUCAAACACUUUGACCAAAAUAGCCUGGAGGGCUGUGAAACCCCUGCUGAUGGGGAAAAUCCUUUUUGCUCCUGAUUCACCUGCUGUGCGGAAGAUUCUGAAGAAUGCCAAUUCUACCUUUGAGGAGCUUGAACGCCUCCAACUCUUUGCUAAAUCCUGGAAAGAAGUGGGUCCUCAAGUGUGGUACUUCUUUCAGGACAGUGUGCAAAUGAACAUGAUCCGGGACACUUUGCAAAACCCUACAGUGAAAGGUUUCUUAAAUGAGCAGCUGAGCUCUGAAGGUUUUACUGCAGAAGACGUGAUCAAUUUUCUCUCCAAUGGGCCAGCAGAAGAAAGAAACAAGGGCACAGUGAACUUGAAUUGGAGGGAUAUUUUCAAUGUCACCAACCAAGUUCUGCAUACAGUUCAUCAGUACCUUGAGUGCUUAAUGCUUGACAAAUUUGAAGGCCAAGCUGACGAAAGUGAGGUAGCUGAUCAGGCUCUCUGUCUUCUGGAGGAAAAUAAAUUCUGGGCUGCUGUCAUCUUCCCUGAUCUGGACCCUACAGCCAGCCAGUUGCCGCCUCAUGUGAAAUACAAGAUUCGAAUGGAUAUAGAUGCAGUGGAAAAAACAAAUAAAAUCAAAGACAGGUACUGGGAUCCUGGUCCAAGGGCUGACCCAGUGGAUGACUUGCGCUACAUCUGGGGAGGAUUUGCCUAUCUGCAAGACAUGAUUGAGCAUGGGAUUAUCAAAGCCCAGACAGGGGUGGCAGUGCCUCCCGGGAUCUACCUGCAGCAAAUGCCCUAUCCGUGCUUUGUAGAUGACGUCUUCAUGGUUACUCUGACCCGUUCCUUCCCCAUCUUCAUGGUGCUGGCUUGGAUCUACUCCAUUUCCAUGAUAGUAAAAAGCAUCGUGCUGGAAAAAGAGAUGAGACUGAAGGAGGCCAUGAAGAACAGAGGGGUCACCAAUGGGGUGAUCUGGUUCACAUGGUUCCUAGACAGUUUCAUCAUGAUGGCUGUGAGCACCUUUCUCCUGACGGCCCUCAUUAUGCAUGGGGAUGUGCUUCAUUACAGCAACCCUCAUCUCCUCUUUCUGUUCCUGUUGACCUUCACCACUGCUAGUAUCAUGGAGGCCUUCCUACUCAGUACAUUUUUUUCCAAGGCGAAUAUGGCAGCCGCUUGUAGUGGAGUCAUCUACUUCACCCUCUACUUACCUCACAUUGUCUGCUUUGCAUGGCAGGAUCGUCUGACUGUUAACAUAAAGAUUAUGGCAAGCUUCCUGUCACCCGUGGCGUUUGGGUUUGGUACAGAAUACUUGUCACGAUAUGAAGAGCAAGGACUUGGGCUGCAGUGGGAUAACAUCAGAAACAGCCCAUUGGAAGGAGAUCAGUACAGUUUUUUGUUCUCUAUGGAGAUGAUGCUUUUGGAUGCUUUUAUAUAUGGAUUGCUUGCUUGGUACAUAGACAACGUAUUCCCAGGAGACUAUGGGAUCCCAUUGCCUUGGUAUUUCCCUCUGCAGCCGUCUUAUUGGCUUGGGUCAGGACACCCAAAGGCUGAGAAAACAACAACUGCAGAUGACAAAAAUCCAAAGGAGGAAGUCAGUGCGGACAUGAAGGGCGAAGAGGAAGACAUGAGCCAAAGCAUGGCUACCGAGCCUGAGAAGGGAGCGGACAAGACCGACAGCCAGAAGAAGAAGGAUGGUAAAGAAAACAAAUGUAAACACAAAAGAAAAAAAGAGUGCAACGAACAGGGGAAGCCUGAAACAGAGGCAAAAGACAAAGAUGGAAUUGCUACAAAUCCGUACUUCGAAGAGGAACCUUCUGGCCUGAUUCCUGGUGUGUGCAUUCAAAACCUGGUGAAGAUCUUCGCCAACAGCUCUAGGCCAGCAAUAGAUGGAAUGAAUAUUACCUUCUAUGAGGGCCAGAUCACUGCUUUCCUUGGACACAAUGGAGCUGGGAAGACAACAACAAUGUCUAUCCUCACUGGUCUGUUUCCACCCACAUCUGGAACAAUAUGGGUUGGUGGACAGGACAUUCAGACGCACAUGGAUUCUAUCCGGCAGAAUAUAGGAAUGUGCCCACAGUACAACAUAUUGUUCAAUCACCUUACUGUUGCAGAACACAUCUGGUUUUAUUCUCAGCUAAAAGGGAAGUCCAGAGAAAAGGCAGUAUUUGAAAUGGAGAUGAUGUUGGCAGACAUAGGCCUUCCACAUAAAAGAAAUGAAGAGGCUCGGAAUUUGUCAGGUGGAAUGCAACGAAAGCUCUCUGUUGCCAUUGCCUUUGUGGGUGAAGCAAAAGUGAUUGUCCUUGAUGAGCCCACUUCUGGAGUGGACCCUUAUUCCAGACGCUCUAUUUGGGACCUCAUAUUGAAGUAUCGCUCAGGUAGAACCAUCAUUCUCUCUACUCACCACAUGGAUGAAGCCGACAUCCUUGGAGACCGGAUUGCUAUCAUUUCCCAGGGAAAGCUACACUGUUCAGGAACUCCUGUUUUCCUAAAGAACUCCUUUGGGACAGGGUUUUAUCUCACCUUAGUUCGUAAGAUGAAAAACACUGAGACUGGUGGAAGAAAGGGUGGUACCUCCUGCAGCCUGGGAUCCAAAUGUUCGUGUUCCUGUUCCUCUUGUGCACCUACAGACGGAGCUGCAAUCCUUGAACAGGAACUGGAUGGCAAUGUAAAUGAGAUCAACGAACUUGUUCAUCAUCAUGUUCCAGAAGCACAAUUAAUUGAAAGUAUUGGUCAGGAGCUCAUCUACCUUCUGCCUAGUAAGAAUUUUAAGCAGCGAUCCUAUGCCAGUCUCUUCAGAGAGUUAGAGGAAACCCUGGCUGACCUGGGACUCAGCAGUUUCGGGAUUUCAGACACACCACUAGAAGAGGUUUUCUUGAAGGUUACAGCAGACGCUGAUCCUGGGACACAGAAUGCAGAUGCCCAGGAGAACGGUGUUGUGGGACAAGAAGAGGAAGCCCACCAAAACGGCCUUGCAGCCAAUGGCAUUUCUCGGAGACCUGUGGCUCUGAAGGGGGAUGGGAGCGGUGGCAAAGGAUCCUGGCAAAAUAAGGGUUGCCAGCUCUUUUUUCAGCAGAUGAAAGCGCUUCUUAUCAAACGAUUCCACCACACCUCCCGUAGUUUUAAAGAUUUCCUUGCUCAGAUUGUCCUGCCUUCUAGCUUUGUGCUGCUAGCUCUGAUACUUACCAUCAUCAUCCCUCCCUUUGGUGAAUACCCCGGUCUGACUCUCCAACCUUGGAUCUAUGGACAGCAGUUCACUUUCUUCAGCAAUGAGCGGCCUGGCUGUGAGGAGACGGCUUCUCUUAUUGACACCUUCUUAAACAAGCCAGGAUUUGGGAAUCGUUGCUUGAAGAAGACACCCCUGCAAAACUAUUCUUGUAUUACCAGUUCGACGGCCUGGAAGACACCACCUGUUCCUUAUAAUGUCUCUGUCCUAUUACAAUCCUCAACGUGGAGUCCUGAAAACCCCUCACCCUCUUGCAAAUGCAGCACCAGGAGGAAACUCACUAUGCUGCCCGAGUGCCCUUUAGGAGCUGGAGGACUUCCUCCCCCACAGAGAGUUCAGCGUAGCACAGAAAUUCUUCAGGAUCUCACUCAUCGAAAUAUUUCUGAUUUCCUGGUGAAAACAUAUCCCACCCUCAUAAGAAGCAGCUUAAAAAGCAAAUACUGGGUAAACGAGCAAAGAUAUGGAGGAAUUUCUGUUGGAGGAAAGCUCCCAGUCCUUGAUGUCACUGGAGAGCAAAUUGUUGCCUUCCUGAGAGACCUUGGCCACAUGAUGAACAUAACAGGGGGUGAAGCAACAAAGGUUGUUUCUAAGGAAAUGUCAAACUUUCUUAAAUAUAUGGAAACUGAAAACAACAUUAAGGUGUGGUUUAACAACAAAGGCUGGCAUGCUAUGGUCAUUUUUCUCAAUGUAGCCAACAAUGCCAUCCUGAGAGCCAACCUGAAGCAAGGCAAAGAUCCUGAAGAAUAUGGCAUAACAGCCAUCAACCACCCACUGAAUCUCACUAAGGAGCAGCUCUCUGAGGUCACAGUGCUGACCACUUCAGUAGAUGCCGUUGUGUCCAUCUGCGUGAUUUUUGCCAUGUCUUUCAUCCCAGCCAGCUUUGUUUUGUUUUUAAUUCAAGAACGGGUGACAAAAGCCAAGCAUCUCCAGUUUGUCAGUGGUGUGAGCUCUUUUGUUUACUGGUUCACCAAUUUCCUUUGGGACAUACUAAAUUAUACAGUGAGUGCUGGCCUGGUAGUGGCAAUAUUCGUUGUUUUUAAAAAGAAAGCCUAUACCUCACCCAGCAACCUUCCUGCGCUUGUUACAUUGCUACUUUUAUAUGGAUGGGCUGUCAUUCCUAUGAUGUACCCAGCAUCCUGCUUCUUUAGCAUCCCCAGCACUGCCUAUGUUGCCUUGUCUUGCAUCAACCUCUUCAUCGGUAUCAAUAGUAGUGCCAUUACUUUUAUCCUGGAGCUCUUUGAAAACAAUCCGCCUCUGCUGAAAUUCAAUAAAACAUUGAAAAGUAUCCUGUUAGUCCUUCCUCAUUUCUGCUUGGGCCGUGGACUCCUUGACCUUGCCAUGAACCAAGCAGUGACUGAUGUGUAUGCUCGGUUUGGAGAAGAACAUCUCUUGAAUCCGUUCAACUGGGAUUUUGCUGGAAAAAACAUGGUUGCCUUGGCAGUGCAGGGUGUUGUGUUUUUUGUUCUGAAUCUUCUGAUGCAGCGUAAUUUCCUCUCCACCAGAUGGCUUCCCAAAAACACUCUGACACCCAUUAUAGAUGAAGAUGAGGAUGUUGCAGAAGAAAGACAAAGAAUCGUGAAUGGAGGAGGCAAAAUUGACAUUUUGAAUUUGCAAGAACUGACCAAGUUUUAUACAGCAAGACGAGUUCCAGCUGUAGACAGACUCUGUGUGGGCGUUCGUCCUGGAGAGUGCUUUGGCCUCCUGGGUGUGAAUGGAGCGGGCAAAACGACAACAUUCAAAAUGCUGACGGGAGAUACGGAAGUAACAUCUGGAGAUGCCAUAGUGGCUGGCCACAGUGUAUUGACUCAUAUAUCUGAUGUUCAUCAAAACAUGGGCUACUGCCCACAGUUCGAUGCUAUUGACGAUCUGCUCACGGGAAGAGAGCACUUGCGCCUUUAUGCACGUCUGCGUGGUGUGCCUGCUGCUGAAGUGGAGAAGGUAGCUGAGUGGGGCAUCCAGAAGCUUGGUCUCUUGGCUUAUGCAGAUCAGUUGGCCGGCACAUACAGCGGUGGGAACAAGCGCAAGCUCUCCACUGCCAUCGCACUGAUAGGUUGCCCUCCAUUAGUUCUACUGGAUGAACCAACUACAGGAAUGGACCCUCAGUCCCGACGUUUCUUGUGGAACUCCAUUGUCAGUGUGAUCCGAGAUGGGAGAGCUGUGGUUCUGACCUCACACAGCAUGGAAGAAUGCGAGGCACUCUGUACACGCUUAGCCAUCAUGGUGAAGGGGACCUUCAAGUGUCUGGGCACAAUCCAACAUCUCAAAUACAAAUAUGGAGAUGGUUACAUUGUCACCAUGAAAAUGAAGGCCCCAAAACCUGGUUUGCCUCCUGACCUUAGCCUGGCUGAGCACUUCAUACAAGUGAAUUUCCCAGGCAGCGUACAGAGAGAAAAACACUACAACAUGCUUCAGUACCAGAUAUGCUCUUAUUCACUGGCCAAGAUAUUUCGUUUGAUUCUCUCCAACAAGGACGUCCUAAAUAUUGAGGAAUACUCUGUCACCCAGACCACCCUGGAUCAGGUGUUUGUGAACUUUGCUAAACAGCAGAUGGAGGAUGAAGAGAUUCCUCUACACCCUCGUGCUGCUGGAGCCAAUAGAGAGAAUCACAGAGUUGGAAGAGACCUCGUGGGCCAUCCAGUCCAACCCCCUGCCAAGAAACAGGAAAAUCGCAUUUAAAGCACCCCCGACAGAUGGCCAUCCAGCCUCUGCUUAAAAGCCUCCAAAGAAGGAGCCUCCACCACAGUCCAGGGCAGAAAGUUCUACUGCUGAACAGCUCUCACAGUGAGGAAGUUCUUCCUAAUGUUCAGGUGGAAUCUCCUUUCCUGUAGUUUGAAUCCAUUGUUCUGCGUCCUAGUCUCCAGGUCUCUUUCCUCUCUAUGAUUUCCCCUCACAUAUUUAUACAUGGCCAUCAUGUCUCCUCUCAGCCUUCUCUUCUGCAGGCUAAACAUACCCAGCUCUUUAAGCCACUCCUCAUAGGGCUUAUUCUUUAGACCCUUGAUCAUUUUAGUCGCCCUCCUCUGGACACAUUCCAGCCUGUCAACAUCUCCCUUCAACUGCGGUGCCCAGAAUUGGACAACGUCUCCCAGGUGUGGUCUAACCAAGGCAGAAUAGAGGGGUAACAGAACUUCCCUGGAUCUAGACACUAUGCUCCUAUUGAUGCAGGCCAAAACACAUUGGUUUUUUUAGCUGCUGCGUCACAUUGUUGGCUCAUGUUCACCUUCCUGUCCACGAGGACUCCAAGAUCUUUUUCACACGUACUGCUGUUGAGCCAGGCGUCCCCCAUUCUGUAUCUUUGCAUUUUAUUUUUUCUGCCUAAGUGGAGUAUCUUGCAUUUGUCCCUGUUGAAGUUUAUUUUGUUAGUUCUGGCCCAUCUCUCUAAUCUGUUAAAAUUGUUUUGAAUUCUGCUCUUGUCUUCUGGAGUAUUGGCUAUCCCUCCCGAUUUGAUGUUGUCUGGAAUGUUGAUGUUGUCUGAUGUUGAUAAUCAUGCCUUCUAAUCCUUCAUCUCUAAGUCAUUAAUAAAGAUGUUGAACGGAAA